CUUCCUUUGUCCCCAAAUCAUCAGUCACCAAGUCACACAACCUCUGAACCCAAAAAAUCAACGUCUCAAGAAUUUUCUGAAUCAAGAAUCCCACAAUGGCUCCAACUAACUCUUUCCUUCUCGGCCCUCCAGAGAUCUACCGACCGUCGCCUUCCGCCGCCGCUGCCUCCUCGGCAACCACCACCAAGAGCGGCGACCCAUUCAUGGACCUUAUGGUGGCCAAUUUCAACAACGAAUCACCCUCACGGAGCCGCCCUCCCAUGGGCUACACCGAGAACAUGUCAGCCACCUACCUCUCCACCGGCAACCCUUGCCUCGAUUUCUUCUUCCACGUCGUCCCCGGCACUCCGGCCCACAGCCUCACCGGACGCCUACAAUCUGCCUGGGACCACAACCCCUUGACGGCCCUAAAACUCGUCUGCAACUUGCGAGGGGUUCGUGGCACCGGAAAAUCGGACAAGGAAGGAUACUACUCGGCGGCUCUCUGGAUUCACAAUCACCAUCCCAAAACCCUAGCCUGCAAUGUCGGCUCACUCGCCGAUUUUGGUUAUUUCAAGGACCUGCCGGAGAUUCUCUACCGCCUUCUUGAAGGGUCCGAUGUUCGCCAAAAAGCCAAGGCAGAGUGGUUGAGUCGUAAAGGCGUGAAGCGACGAAACGUGCGGUCGCCGACGUAUCUGAGGCACCGAGGUGGAAGAAGAGGAGUAGUAUUCGAUCACAACAAGAAAGUGAAACAUAAAAGAUCGAAUAAAUCAAAAUCCUCGAGGGAGGCUAGGGUUUUGGCGGAGAUGAAGAGGGCGGAGAUUGAGCAGGAGAAGGCGAGAAAUUCGAGGGAAGAGAAGAGGAUCGCCAUGGCCAAGAAGGUCGUCGAACGUUACAGUCGCGACCCGGAUUACCGCUUCCUUUACGACCGCGUCUCUGAUCUCUUCGCCGAUCUUCUCAAAUCCGAUCUUCUGUCCUUGAAUUCAGGCGAAUCAAAGAAGAUCAGUCUUGCCGCGAAAUGGUGUCCUUCGCUCGACUCUUCAUUCGAUCGGAACACUCUGAUCUGCGAGAGCAUUGCCAGAAAAGUUUUCCCACGCGAAUCGCAUCCGGAAUACGAAGGCAUCGAAGACGCACACUAUGCGUAUAGGGUUCGUGAUCGUCUGCGAAAGGAAAUCCUGGUGCCGCUGCGCAAAGCCCUAGAGUUGCCGGAGGUUUACAUCGGAGCCAACCAGUGGAAUAUGCUCAAAUACAACCGUGUCGCCUCCGUCGCCAUGAAAAACUACAAAGAGAAAUUCCUUAAGCAUGACAAAGAUAGGUUCGAAGCGUACCUCGAGAAGGUGAAAUCCGGGAAGGCGACGAUUGCAGCCGGAGCUCUGUUGCCCCACGAGAUCAUAGAAUCGCUGAACGAUGGAGAUGGUGGCCAAGUGGCAGAGCUGCAAUGGAAGAGAAUGGUGGAAGACCUUUCCAAGAAAGGAAAAUUGAAGAAUUGUCUGGCAAUCUGUGAUGUGUCAGGAAGUAUGAGUGGUACUCCCAUGGAAGUCUCGGUUGCACUCGGCGUGUUAGUAUCAGAAUUGAGCGAAGAGCCGUGGAAGGGGAAGCUCAUUACAUUCAGCGCCAACCCAAAGCUUCAGAUGGUUGAAGGCGAAGAUUUGAGAUCGAAAACAAAUUUUGUGAGGAGGAUGGAAUGGGGGAUGAAUACUAAUUUUCAGAAGGUGUUUGAUUUGAUUCUGCAAGUGGCUGUGAAUGGGAAUUUGAGCCAAGACCAGAUGAUCAAGCGAGUAUUUGUGUUCUCUGACAUGGAGUUUGAUCAGGCUUCAUCUAAUCCUUGGAAGACGGACUACCAGGUGAUAACAAAUAAGUUUACACAGAAAGGGUAUGGCUUGUCGGUGCCGGAGAUUGUGUUUUGGAACUUGAGGGAUUCGAGGGCGACUCCAGUGCCUGCGGAUCAGAAAGGGGUGGCACUUGUUAGUGGGUACUCGAAGAACUUGAUGACAUUGUUCUUGGAGGACAGUGGAGCUUUAAAUCCUGAGGCUGUCAUGGAAGCUGCCAUCUCUGGUGAAGAGUAUAAGAAGCUGGUUGUGCUAGAUUGAUCAUAUUCUGUACAUGACUGAACAGUGAACAUGUAGGAGUAAAUGGUUUUUUAGUUUUUUUCUGCUUUUUAAUAAAGUCUUUUUGGUGAUGAAUGAGAAAAAUAUAUAAAACUUUGGUUUCAAA